AUGGGGCUGACAUGUCGAGAUAUCUACUCGGUGCCGGACCUCCAGUUCUGCCCGUUUGCGAGUAGACGGAGCGUGGUCCAUAGCACCGCCGGCAUCGUGGCAUGCACCCAGCCAUUGGCUGCUGCUGCAGGACAGAAGAUCUUGCAGCAAGGUGGAAAUGCUGCUGAUGCAGCUGUGGCCGUUGCCGCAGCAUUGAACAUGACAGAGCCCAGCUCCACCGGUAUCGGUGGAGACAUGUUUUGCUUGUUUUAUAAUGCGAAAACAAAGAAAGUCUCUGCGUUGAACGGCUCAGGCCGUGCUGCAGGGAACCUGUCCCUUGAUGCUAUUCGAAAGGACCUGGGCCUUGCGCAGGGCGAGACUGGAGGGAUUCCCAUGACCAGCGCCCAUGCUGUAACAACGCCAGGUGCGGCAGCAGGAUGGGUAGAUACCGUUGAAAGGUUUGGCAGCGGCCGCUUGACCCUUGAGCAAAUUCUAAUGCCUGCUAUUGAACUCGGAGAAAAAGGGUUUCCGGUGUCGGAGCUGGCUUCGACUUUCUGGGAAGCAUGCGAAGAGCCCAUCCGAAAAGCUUCGCCAAACUUCAGAGAGAUACUGAAAGCAGAUCCACAGGCCAGAGAUGGUGUCAGGUGCCCUCUGCCCGGUGAGCUCUUCAAGAACCCACAGCUCUCACAGACAUUCCGAACUCUUGCCAAAGAAGGAAAGGAAGGUUUCUAUAAAGGCAGGAUUGCGGAGGAAAUCGUCAAAGUCGUGAAGGACCUUGGGGGCUACUUGAGUCUUGACGAUCUCGAGUACCAUGCGGAGGUAGGCAGCCAGGAAGUGGAUCCAAUAUCACUAAAGAUCGACCCUGGAGAAAUCGCAGGAACCAAACGUGAAGGAGGGGGUGAAGUCGAGGUCUGGGAGCAUCCUCCCAACGGCCAAGGCAUCGUUGCACUGAUGGCUCUUGGCAUACUCAAGGAGUUAUCACGCGCUGGGAAGAUACCACAUUUCAGCAAGGACCAGCACAAUUCGGUUCCUUAUCUCCACGCCAUCAUCGAGAGCUUGCGGAUCGCCUUCGCCGAUGCACAGUGGUGGGUGACCGACCCCGAUGUCGAAAAGGUCCCAUCGCAGGAUCUUAUCUCCCCAGCUUAUCUAACCGAACGCGCAAAAUUAUUUGAUCCCAACAAGGCCUCGGAUAUCCUCGAUCACGGAAGCCCAGCCCAUAACCACUGCGACACUGUGUACUUGGCUGUGACGGAUAAAGAAGGCAACGGCAUAUCUUUCAUCAACAGUCUCUACGGGGGUUUCGGGACCGGCAUUGUCCCCAGAGGAUGCGGCUUUCCCCUCCAGAACCGGGGCUCGAACUUUUCCCUGAUGCCCGGCCAUCCCAAUGUGAUUGCCCCGCGCAAACGCCCCUACCAUACGAUCAUCCCUGCUAUGAUCACUAACCCACAGGACAACUCGUUACAUACAGUCUAUGGUGUCAUGGGAGGCUUUAUGCAACCACAGGGUCAUGUUCAGGUUCUUAUGAACAUGCUGGCGUUCAAGGCUACUCCACAAUCAGCCCUUGAUGCCCCGCGGAUCUGUAUUGGCGCUGGACAUCCUCAGUCUAUUGAUAAAGUGGAUCGGACUGUAUAUUUGGAAGAAGGAAUUAGUGAGUCAGUGGCGGAAGGGUUAAGGCAGAUGGGGCAUCAGGUUAAGAUCCUCAAGGGAUUUGAGAGGGCAAUGUUUGGAAGAGGCCAGGUUAUUAGAUGCCACAUUGAAGAUGGACAGAUGUUGUAUAGCGCAGGAAGUGACCUUCGAGGCGAUGGAGGCGCGUUUCCCGCCCUAUGAAAGACAAAAGCGAUGGAAAUGGGUUGCUUUUAAUGUUUCGGCUUUCCAAUUCAUGUGGGUGCGCGCGCACACUUUGAUUGAACAUACCUUAUUAUUUUAUUUUGUUAUCUCUGGAG